AUGGCGACUGUGUGGAGAAAGCUACUUGUCAACAAACCAGGAGUACGUUUAGACCUCACUUUACAAAGUGGACAGUCAUUCAGAUGGAAAGAAACAGCACCUGGCGAGUGGACCAGUGUUAUCUGCGGCUUCGUUUGGAUUCUAAAACAGUUAGAACAAGGUGAAAUUUUGUACCGUGUUUAUAAGUCGUCAAACGGACCACACUCAUCACGCGGAAAACGGGUCUUAGAAGAAGUUCAGAUCUCUUCGGAAAGUGAAAAGGAUAAGGGAUCGAAACUUUACGAGUCUAUUUUGAGAGAUUACUUUCAAGUGGACGACGUAGAUGUAGAGAUCCUUUUUGACCAGUGGAAAACAAGUGACCCACACUUUGCUAAAGUUUCAGACGGAUUCCGAGGCGUCAGGGUUUUAAGGCAAGAUCCGGUGGAAAAUUUAUUUUCUUUUAUUUGCUCAUCAAACAACAAUAUCCCACGGAUUAGUGGAAUGGUUGAAAAGCUGUGCCAGGCGUAUGGCCAGAAAUUGGGAGAAUUGCAUGGAGUGACAUAUUAUACUUUUCCUUGUUUAAAAGCUUUGACUGGUGCCAAAGUUGAAGAAAAUUUACGAAAAAUGGGCUUUGGAUAUCGAGCAAAGUUUAUUAGUCAAAGUGCUUGUUUUAUUCUUAAACAUCAUGAUAGUGGCUGGUUGGAAAAAUUAAGAAGUGUCUCUUAUGAAGAGGCCCAUGCAGGUAAGUCAUACCUAAUACAGCACACAUUAAUAUUGUGCUCCAAUCUUUCUAGAGGAGUCACAUCAAUCUCUUCCUAAUUUUUUAGGAGGAUUCUUUAGCAGUGUUGACUGCAAGGGAGGAGGGGUUUACAGUCGAGUUACCCGAAAGUCAUCUCGUUUAAAGUUAUGACGCCCAAAAUCCAAACAUUUAUAAUGCGGUACAAAGUCCUAACACCUUUCACACUUUUUUGUCUCACCAAAAUCUUAAAGAACAAGUUGUAUCACGCAUUUAUCAUGCCUGUUUCAUUUCAUCAAGGCUUAAAGAACAAGAUAUGUUACUCAUCUAUCCAUGUGCUUGUUUCGUGUCAUCAUCACUUAAAGAACAAGAUAUGAUAACAUUUAUCCCACCUGUUUCAUCUCAUUAAUCGCGAAGAACAAGAUCAUGCUCCUUUGAACAAGAUAUAUUCAACAUACACUCUUUACUAAACUUUUGGGUGACAUAACUCAGCAUUUUGGGCAAGCUUAAGUAAAAUUUUAAGCCACAUAGCUCUCUCUGGUUUUGGGUGAGAUACCUUUGGGCGAGAUGACUUUUAGGCGACUUGACCUGUUACCAGGAGAAGGAUAUGUACAAGGAGAGAGGAAAUGCCUGCCUUGAAGACCUACAAAAAUCAUCCCCCCUACCAGUUUUCCUACCCUGUUUUGCAGGUGCUUUUAAUUUGGGGGGAUAUGCAAGCAUUAACAUUUUACUUUGGUUGUGGCAUGAGUCACAGGAGGCUGGAAAGGAUGCAGUGGAGACAUGCCUAACAUUGCAAAUGCUGCCACUUAUCUCAAUUUCUUGUGUAUUCUUGUUGCAUCCCACUCUCACUAUUUUAGUUAUUACUUUUCUUGGGCAGCUUUAUUUUUGUCUCUUUUGCUUUGCGACUGGAUCUGAAAAGUCCUUUUAACCAUAAGCUUUUACUCUGACUCAAAAUUUCCUUAACACAAACAAAGAAGGUCAUUUUCUUGAGCCAGAAUAAAUUAUGCUUUUGGAAGAAUAUAUUUUUGCUUGCUGCUAAGUCCUUACAAGACAUAUGUUACUAAGAUGAACACAGAUAUUUCUUUCCAACAGCAAAAAUUAAUCGAAAUAUGUGAAGCCAUUCAUAAUUCUAUUUUCACUGAAUUCUUUUGUCACGCUUAAAGUUUACUGGGCAGGCAUUCAUCAAACUGUUAUAUAAUAAAACAGCAAUCAGAUACACACCAAAUAUGUGCAGGCAUAUAUUCUUCUCCGUUCACCCUAUCCCCAACUUCAUCCUUUUAUGUUAUGUUCACCAACUCAACUACACUACCCACUCUUCUCAGUCUUCCACUGCUUUCAAAAUCAAAGAUGUUGACUGUAUGAAGGAAAAUUUGCAGCAAAUACUGAGGGCUCUUUUCCAAAAACAUGUGCCCACCUUUGAAGCUCAAAUUUCCUCCUCAGGUCUAGUUCUUUAAUUGGCUGGUCCAGUGUAUCUGUGAGGGUAUUUGGGACUGGAUUAUGGUAAAAUCCCAUAACAGUCCAGUCGACUGAAAUGUGCAGAUACCAAAAAAAUACCAGAGAUAAACUCGGUUGGAGACAUAAAAAGAAAAUAAGCCUUGAAUGGGUCAGUCGUCAGUAACUUUUCUUUGUUUUUUAGCUCUUUGUGAGCUGCCAGGUGUUGGAGCUAAGGUCGCUGACUGUGUGUGCCUAAUGUCACUUGACAAGACUGAAGCAGUGCCAGUAGACACACAUGUCUGGCAACUGACUACUAAACAUUACAUGCCACAUCUACAGAAAACCAAGUCACUCACUACAAAGAUGUGUAAAGAAAUAGGUGAGGUCAAUUUCUGACUUUUAGGCAAGUUUCAAGUAUUGCACUAUUUACAAUGUAAGGCCUUCACUGCAUGAUUUUGAAUAAUUACUUUUUAUUUAUUUACUUUUUUUGUCACAAUGGUCAUCAAUAGUGGAGAAGGUAUUAAACCUAUGUUUAAGCCCCAUUUAAACAGAUGCAAAUUUAUUGUUAAAUGUUACAUGUUGAUGGUGUUGUUGUGCAAAGUUUGAAACCAGUCAAAGUUUGAGCCAACAACUCCCAACGUUUCUUUUGUUCCGUGAUCGCCGAAGUGUAGUGCAACAAUGUUGGAUCCAUUUCUAUAGCUCUUCCAACAUUCUUGGGGCCAUGCACGCGCAUUUCACAGGAUUUACAAAGUCUUCUGUGUUGUAUCCUUCCCAUAAUGCCCGGCAGGUCACACGUAGCUUAAGGUGCAGGCAAUGUGGUGAUAAGUGUACAUGUAUGACACAAGGAGCAUGAAGAGGGGAAUAUGACAAGGAACAUAUCAUGUGAUCUAUUAUUUUGAGCCCUUUCUUUUCAUAUGCUGUGUGUUCUAGGCACCUCUUUCUAUUUUUUUUUGUUUAGUACACCUGAUAAGUGUACUUGGAAUUUAGUGAGAUCUUUGUUAGUUUAUUGAAUUCAACGGAUUUUGUGUAUACUGUAUUCUGAUGUCUUUACUUACUACUCCCGUAAGUUAAAGGGACACAGUCAGCUGAUGCAUAUGCACGUUAGAUACCAUUUCUUAGCUGAUUUGCAUGUCACAAUAAGCGCGUGAAACAGAAAGUGAGAAGUGUAUCCGGAAUACUCUAAACGAACCUUGAAGAGUUGAACUAUUUACAAGCUGAAAUCAUGAUUAUAGACCCUAAGCCAUAUCAGAACACUCAUUUUUAUAUACCAUUGAGAAUUCACCAUGGGUUUAUCCAGGGAAAGCCAAGUAUCGACAAAUACUGCGGAAUUCGAAUAUCAGUACUAAGAGGUCUGAAUCAUUGUCGAAGGUUCAAGGUCGAGAAAGCUUGAUUUUCCAAAUACAUGUAACCCUUUACAUCGAUAUUCCAAAUAUAUAAAAAGAUAAUUUGCUCACCGUUUUUUCUUCAUUUCUCUUGUUAUUUUGGUAAAUGAAUGUGAUUUCUCCCGCCCAGCGCUUACGUGUUUCUCACCCCCUCUGUUCAUGUUCCUUUGGAUACUGUUUUUAACCAAAUAUGAUGAAAUAAUGUAAUAGGACGAGUAAACGUUUGCCCAAAAAGAAUCUCUCAGUAAAAGAUCGAGGAUCGAAUGAAACACUAGGCAAGAUUGAAGCGGAUUUCUAGAUGUAUCUGAUGCGUACAUUUGAUUUCGGGUUGAAGUAAAUGCUUUUCAAACUGCCAAAAGCAGUGUCCAGGUUAGUGCGGUCUUACAGCUGUGUCUCUUUAAUCAUGAAGAGGGCCUGUUUUUUCCCCGUAAGUCACUGCAUGUUUUUAUUUAUCAGUUGUCUUUGUUGUCUUCUGUGCUCUGUGUUUACAGUGAAACAUAUUUCUUAAAUAACGUUAUUCCGUAUGAAAGCACUAAUUGAUAGAGGUAAAACAUGACUGACAAAGCCGAAUAAAGUCAUUCAUGCAUACCGAUGAAAAUGAAACAUGGCCAUACUUAAUAUAAGCGUACCAACCAUAACACAGCGGAAUAGAACAUAGCUGUACUAUGGAUACUAACGCACUAAGACCGAAUAGAAUGCCAAAAAACAUAGAACACAGCUGUACUAACUGUACUAACAUACAAAGCACAUGGCCGUACUAAGACCGAAUAACAUACCAACAUACAUAGAACAUGGCCGCACUAAGGGAAGCAAUGUACCAAGACCAAGUAAAAUACCAACACACAUAGAACAUGGUCAUACUAAGGGUAGCACAAACUAAGAUUGAAUAAAAUACCAACAUACACAGAGCAUGGCUGUACUAAGCGUACUAACGUAUUAAGACCAAAAAACAUACCAACAUUCAUAGAGCAUGGCUGUACUAAUCGUACCAAUCUUCUAAGACUGAAUAAAAUACCAUCAUACAUAGAAUACAGCCUUACUAACAUCAACAUACUAUGGGCCAAACUGCACUAAACUGCUUCAAUCUGAACCAUCUUGCACCAAACUGCACCAGCUAUGCCCCAAUCUGCACUAAGUUGUACCAAACUGCACCAAUUUGCCCCAACAUGGCCCAAACUGCUCCAAACUACAGCAAGUUGUACCAAUCUGCUCCAGACUGUACCAGACUGCACCAAUAUACAUCAAGGUGCACCAACAUGCCGCAAUCUGCAUCAAGUUGCUCCAAACUGCACCAACAUGAACGAAGCUGCACCAGUCUUCACCAAGUUGCACCAAACGUUACCAAUCUGAAGCAAUCUGCACCAGACUGCACCAAUGUGCACCAGUUUGCCCCAAGUUGCACCAAACUGCACCAAUCUGCCCCAACAUAGCGCAAACUGCACCAAUUGGCACCAAACUGCACCAUUGUGCACUAAUUUGCACCAAACUGCACCAAUAUACACCAAGGUGCACCAACAUGUACCAAUCUGCAUCAAGUUGCUCCAACGUGAACCAAGCUGCAUCAGUCUGCCUCAACAUGGCCAAAAGGUCUCCUAACUGGAUCAAGUAGCACCAAACUGUACCAAUCUGCACCAAGUUGCACCAAACUGCACAAACAUGGACCAAACUGCACCAAUGUGCAGCAAACUGUACCAAUCUGCACCAAACUACAUCAAUCUGCACCAGCAUAGAUGAAACUACUUCAAUCUGCACCAAGUUUUACCAAACUGCCCCAAUGUACACUGAGUUGCAUGAAACAUGCACCAAUCUGCAACAAGUUGCACCAACUGCACCAACUGCACCAACAUGCUCCAAACUGCACCAAUCUGCACCAUAAUUUUCAAGUUUAUUACAAAGUGCGAGAGGUGUUAUUAAAAAGUGCGACAGUUUUAUUACAAAAUGUAAUAGGUAUUACAAAGUGCCACAGAACACUGGAUUGUUAGCGCGGCCAUAUGUUUGCAACGUAUGUUAGCAUUUUCCAGCCUUUAAAACAUAUCGAUGCACUAAAUACGGCCUAAAAAUAUUAAAAGUUGGCAUUUUAUGCAGCCUUUAUACGUUGGUACGCUUAAUAUGGCCAUGUUCUAUAUAUGUUGGUAUUUUAUUUGGUCUUUGUGCGUUAGUACACUUAAUGCGGCCAUGUUCUAUUUAUGUUGGUAUUUUAUUCGGUGUUAGUACAUUGGUACGCUUAGUACGGCCAUGCUCUAUGUCUAUCAUCAUUUUUUUGGUCUUAUUACGUUAGUACGCUUAGUACGAUGAUGUCACAAGUGGUACAAGGGUCAUGAAUCAGCAUGGGUAGUUGUGGCUAGUAGGCAGUUCAGUGGUUAUUGUAACUAGCCUCUUUUCAUUGCAAAUGGCUUGUGCCUAAGUAAACUUAUAAUCUGUAAAGGUGUGAUAGUGAUACCAGUUUCAGUUUUCAAACACUUAGUUACAUUUCAUAAUGCUUUGUAAAGGGCUGAUUACAUGAGCCAGGAAGGCCCAGUCUGAGGGGCUGGCUUGCUAUGUCACUUUACGCCAUCUUGAUACCUUGGGAUCCCAGCUAACGUGGCUGGCUCAGUUGCCAUGUAAUCGUCUUUGUUGCAUUUAAUUAACAUGCUGCAAUCUUGACAAAGUGAGCAAGCCUGACUCAUGUAAUCUGGAGCCCCUAGACUAACAGCCUAAUAGUAAGGUAUUAACUUUGAACAGUGGAAGUAACAACCUUAGUUUUCAAGUGUUUUGCUUAGCUUUUGGGAAUUUCUCUUGUUGGACCAUAGUGAAUCCACCGCAAAGGACAGGUCACAGUGGUGUACAAUAAUAGACAGCUGUAUUUGCAGGCUAUUAGCUGAUGGCUUGUGCAUUUUUCCUGUGUCUUGAUGUCUUAUCUAAAAUAGUUGUGGUACAUUCUAGUCAAUUAGAAAUACAUGUGUUCUAGGGUUUUGUCAUUUUAAUAAUUUCCAAGUUAUUAAUUAUUAUUUGAUACAGUACAUGCAGUUUGCAGCUCCUAAUGGACUUUUUUUAUCAUUAGGGGAUCACUAUCGUUUUCUGUUUGGAAAGUAUGCAGGAUGGGCACAGUCGGUAAUCUUU